UGGUCUGGGGAAUUAGCACAGGGACGAGCGCGCGCGCGGGUCCCCAACACAUCUGGGCGAGAGCGGCGCCGCUGGAACCGAGGGGGCAUAUCUGGAGCGGCGGAGCCACCGCGCAGCUGGGGCCCUUCGAGGCGCUCGGGGCACCCAUCUGGGACCUCGAGAGGGGGCCGUGCCGCGCACAGCUGGACCAGGGGAGGGGGGCGGCGGCUGCACAGCUGGACCGAAGGGGGCGGGGUCGGUCCUGGGCGGCUGGCAGAGCGAAGGGCCGCGAGUGGCCUGGGACUGGAGCAUGGGACGGCGCGCCUGAAAGAGCAAGGGGUGAGGAAGGGCCUGGUACCCUGAGGGGGAAAGACGAGAGAAAGGGGCACGAGAGCAAAGGAGGAAGAUGCAACUGACUCGCUGCUGCUUCGUGUUCCUAGUGCAGGGCAGCCUCUAUCUGGCAGGGCCACCGCACACAACCCCAGGCAUGGCCAGGGCCAGAAAAGAGACCACAAACCCCUUUGGAGCCCUCCAGACCUCAGGCAUCCCCCACCCUCAUCCCAGGGUCACCAGCAAAUCCAGAUGCUGCCCAGCUGUGAGCUGGUGCCCCGGUGCUCAUAACGAGAUACAUAAGGUCAUCUGUGGCCAGGAUGACGGUCCCCCUGGCUCAGAGGACCCUGAGCGUGACGACCCUGAGAGCCAGCCCCGGCCCCGGAUGCCUCGAAAGCGGGGCCACAUGUCACCGAAGUCCCGCCCCAUGGGCAGCUCUACUCUCCUAGGCCUGCUGGUUCCACCUGGGGAGGCAUGGGGGGUCCUCGGGCAGCCCCCCAGUCGCCCGAACCACAGCCCCCCACCGUCAGCCAGAGUGAAGAAGAUCUUUGGCUGGGGUGACUUCUACUCCAACAUCAAGACGGUAGCCCUGAACCUACUCGUCACGGGGAAGAUUGUGGACCACGGCAAUGGGACCUUCAGCGUCCACUUCCGACACAAUGCCACGGGCCAGGGCAACAUCUCCAUCAGCCUCGUGCCCCCCAGUAAAGCUGUAGAGUUCCACCAGGAGCAGCAGAUCUUCAUUGAAGCCAAGGCCUCCAAAAUCUUCAACUGCCGGAUGGAGUGGGAGAAGGUGGAACGGGGCCGCCGGAUCUCGCUCUGCACCCACGACCCAGCCAAGACCUGCUCCCGAGACCACGCUCAGAGCUCAGCCACCUGGAGCUGCUCCCAGCCCUUCAAAGUCGUCUGCGUCUACAUCGCCUUCUACAGCACAGACUACAGGCUAGUCCAGAAGGUGUGCCCGGAUUACAACUACCACAGCGAUACUCCCUACUACCCCUCCGGGUGACCCUGGGCAGGCCACAGAGGCCAGGCCAGGACUGGAAGGACAGGCCUGCCCACACAGGAAGCCAUCUGUCUGGAUACUGGGCAGGGAGAGGAAGGGGCCUCAGGCGGGGAGCGCGGGGGUGGAGAGGGCGCCAGGGCCAAGCCUCAGGUGGCGGGGAAGGGGGCGCAGGUGCUGGCCCCAACCUGAGGCUGUGGAGCAACCAGGACACAGGAGCGCUGGCCGAGGAGUGGGUUCUCUGGGCGGCCUCCCAGGGCUUCCCCACGGAGCAAUAGAGAGAUGCUGGGUCCAGGAGGUCCCUGGAGCAAGCAGACCAAUAAAGUCAUGGAGGGGAGCCCAAGACCUUGGCUCCCUCCCUGCCAUCCUGCGGAAGAACACAGCAAGGAGAGGGCUAUUUCAUCGGUGAGGACAGCACGCGGGCACUGAAGGAUGGCGGAGCUGGGGCUUCCUGGGAGCCAGCACCGGAACUCUCCAGCCCCACCCCGUGGGCCGACCUGAGCCCUCAUCCUGGACUGUGGCUUGAGGCUGAAGUGGUGACCUGUGGAGUCUUCGAUGUCUUGACAAAGAGACCAUCUGCCCCCAGCCAGGCCACCCCUUCCCAAAAUUCCUUCUCUUGCCAUUGCUCCCCACCCCCACCCUUGUGCUGAAGGGGACCCUCGUCCUUAAGCUGAGACGGGGGCGAUCGUAAUUCUUGCAGCACCAAGACCACACGUGGAAGCCCACCCGUGAGCCACGUGCAUCCCACUCCUUGCUGGCUCCUCGGGGAACGACCUUAUCCAGCGAGUGAGCCUUCCAUAGCCAGCCUUGCCCAUCAGCCCAGGUCUUGCCAGGACAGAGAUGCUGCCUCCCCUGUGGCCCAUGGGACCAUCUGCAGCUCGGGGCAGGGUGAGGCCACACCGCGGCGGGUGUGCUGGGCCUGUCCCGUAGUGUCUGUCUGUGGGGGUGGGGAGGGGGGAGGUUUUGUGAAAUCAUCAGUUUGUUGACUUCUGUGUGCAGACUCUCGUUCUCAGAUCAAGGAAUAAAGCUUUCCUGGGCA